AUGGUGCAAUUACCGGAUGAGAUUAUAGAAGAGAUUCUUUGUCGAUUGCGUGUAAGAUAUCUGCUCCGAUUCAGAUGUGUAUCCAAAUCUUGGCUUGCCAUAAUCAGUAGCUCUUAUUUCAUCAAAUUGCAUCUUAACCAAUCACUUCAAACCAAGAGCAUCCUUAGCCGCCUUUUUUUCACGAGUUAUUGCGAUCACUUUCGGGUGGAUUUUGAUUCCCACAGCUUUCUUCGACCGGUGAAGAUGAAUUACUUUAAAUUGCGGUAUCCAAAUCAUAAAACUUCGAUUUGUGAUUCUUGUGAUGGCUUGCUUUGCAUAAAAGCAUACGGUGAUACACCCAAGUUAUUUUUAUGGAAUCCAUCAACAAAAAAGUCUAUACAACUUCCUUAUCCUAAAUCGAUUGCUGAUGAAAAAGGUUGGAUUUGGGUUUAUCGAUUUGGUUACGACAACAUCAAUAAUGAUUACAAGGUAGUGGAACUAUUGUUUCCUAUAAAUAAAAAUAAAGAAAAUUAUAAGAUUAAUGUUUAUAGUUUGAAAUCAAAUUCGUGGCAUAGUCCAAAGAAGUUUCCCUACCCUCCGAGGAUUAGUAGCAUUGGAUAUUCCAUAACUAGUGGAGCUAUGCACUGGAUAUCAAGAAUGGGAUUAGAUUCAAAAGGUGAAGGAUCAAUUGUUGCCUUUCAUCUUGGGACAGAGAAAUAUAGAGUAAUUACACCGCCUGAGUCGAGUUGUUCUCAUUUCUAUUUAUAUUUAAGUAAUUUAGAAGGAUGCCUUUCCACAAUUGGUCAUUAUUUCUCGUGUACUGUGGAUAUAUUUUUGUUGAAGGAAUACGGUGGGAAGAAUGAACAUUGGUCGAAAUUGAUUACAUUUUCACCAACAGUAGGUUCCGGGUACCAGAUUCCUAAUGAAGUUAUUACUUAUUCAAAAUGUGGUAAGAAAAUACUGUUUCUAAUGGAGGAUAAUAGGCUUGUUUGGUAUAAUUUAGAACAGAAAUCAGAAGAGGAUAUUGGGGUUUCUUGUGACCAAGUAUACACUUACAUGGAAAGUAUUGUCUCUCUUGAUGUUCCAAAGUAG